AGAAAUGUCCUCUCCUGAGUGUGUGACGGAGUUUAAGAAGGAGAGAAUAACGGAAACCACGGAGGGAGAGCUGGAUGAGCGCAGACUGCUGGACAUCACCUGGAAACCCGACAUAAAGCCGCACAGCACAGAUUGUAAGCUCACUGUCUGAUCCAUACUCCGGAACAGUAGGAGGCGGUAAUGCUCCUUUUACGUUGGUUGCCAACCGCCGUUAAAAACAAAGAAGAAGAAGAAGAAGAGUCUCACGUGAAGCUGACUCAUCCUCAUCACAGCUCUGCGUUGGAUUAAAGUCCAGGAAAACAGAUGAAAACGCCAUGAGCUCAUCUCACAGAGACGUCCCACAGCAGCAUGUCUGUAAGGAGGAGGAGGAGGAGGAGGAGGAGGUUCUCCCUGAGCAGCAGCUCUGUGGCCAGGAGGAACCAGAACCUCCACAGAUUAAAGAGGAACAGGAGGAACUGUGCAGCAGUCAGGAGGGAGAGCAGCUGGGACUGGAGGAGGAGACGGAUACCUUCACACUGGUUUUGGAAAAAAAUAUCAUGCAGUGUGAGGGAGACAUCAGUCAUCAGCACAGACCGCUGGAUGUCAUCUGGAAACCUGAAAUCAAGUUACACAGAAUAGACGUCCCACAGCAGCCUGUCUGUAAGGAGGAGGAGGAGGAGGUUCUCCCUGAGCAGCAGCUCUGUGACCAGGAGAGGAGCUCCAGUGUGGACCAGGAGGAACCAGAACCUCCACAGAUUAAAGAGGAACAGGAGGAACUGUGCAGCAGUCAGGAGGGAGAGCAGCUGGGACUGAAGGAGGAGCCUGAUACCUUUAUGGUGACUCUUACUUACGGUGAAAGCGACCACAGUGAAUCAGAACCAAUCAGUGAGCAGCUCCUCUCUCACAGCUCUCCUGAAACUGAGAGCCGAGAUCGGGAAGGGAGCGGGAAUGUUGAGUCAGGAAAGAGUAUCAAGCUAAGAGGGAAGAAACGGUUCAGAAACAGAGGUCGCAGUGACAGUGAUGUGGAUACCUGUAACACUGUUGCAGGUAAAAAGCCGGUAAAAUGCACUUUCUGCGGAAAAGUUUUCAAACACAAGUCGCAGAUGGAGCGACAUCACAGGAUCCACACGGGCGAGAGGCCGUACUCCUGCACAACGUGCGGGAAAGGCUUCAGCCAAAGCAGCAAUCUGACCGUCCACAUGAGAACGCACACCGGCGAGAAGCCGUACAUCUGCGAAACCUGCGGGAAACAUUUCACCUGCAGCUACAGUUUGUUGGUCCACAUGAGAAUCCACACAGGUGAGAAGCCGUAUUCCUGCGAGGCGUGCGGGAAACAUUUCAACAGUAGCUUCAACCUAAAAGUCCACACGAACACCCACGCGGGCGAGAGGCCGUAUUCCUGCAAACUGUGCGGGAAAACCUUCAGUCAGCCAAGUAACCUGAACGUCCACAUGAGAACUCACACAGGUGAGAAGCCGUGCCUUUGUAACACCUGUGGGAAAAGAUUCACAGACUUAUCGGCGCUGAAAAACCACAUGACCGUUCACACAGGGGAGAAACUUUAUUCCUGCCAAACCUGUGGGAAAAGUCUCAGCUCUAGGAAAGGCCUGAUGGUCCACAUAAGAACCCACACAGGUGAGAGGCCGUACAUCUGCAACACCUGUGGCAAAAGGUUUACCGAACUGACGGCGCUGAAGAAGCACGUGAUGAUCCACACGGGCGAGAAACCGUACGUCUGUAACACCUGUGGAAAAGGUUUCAUCCAGAACAUCCAUUUGCUGUAUCACAUGCGGACACACACAGGUGAGAAGCCUUACUCCUGCAGCACCUGUGAGAAACAAUUUAAAGACCCAUCCAAGCUCAAAAUUCACACGAGGACUCACAGAGGUCGGAAUCAAAGCCCGGAAACACCUGUGGGGGAGAAUUACCCGGCAGACCAGGCCUGAUAAACAUUUGAAUUUAAACGUCUCUGUGUGUGAGCUCGCCGUCACACUGAGAGCAUCAGAAACUGUACAGCAGGCGUCUGUGAGAUAUCCCACAGUAAGGCUGUUAUUUACACAGCUGCUGUGAGCCUCUUUUAUUCUGUUACCUGUGUUUAUUCCACUGUUAAGGUUAUUUUGCUGUGUACUGUAGCUUUGCCUGUUAGGAGUCACCACAUUUCAGUCUCCGUCACCUGCGUGUUCUCGGCUCCUCCCACCUGGCAGGUCUACCUUUAACGUUGUUGGGGUCGUUACUCCAAAGCACAGUAUGCUGCCUACACCUCCUCGCUUAUUUAAACGUCCCUGAAGAAAGUCGCCCUUUACAUCAUUGCUGCAUUACUUACUGUGGUGCAAACCUGCAGCUCUGUAUCAGGGCUGGACUUCAUCACCACACGCUGGAUGGUUAAUGCUGUGAGAUCACCGAACAUGUAUGCGUGUUCCCAAUCCCAGUCAAACAUCAUCUGCUCCGUCCUGUCGUCACCGCUCUUCAGUUUAAACACCGCUGGUGUCGCCGCCGUCCUGGAACCUUCCCCCCGCCUGCUCUUCUUCACCUCUAUCACAGCCUGUGGUGCUCUGCAUGCUCAAAAUAAUAUAAAAUUGUGUGCGAAUACUGAUAACUAGAGAUGGACCGAGCCGAUAUUACGUAUCGGUAUCGGUCCGAUACUGACCUAAAUUACUGGAUCGGAUAUCGGAGGGAAAUAAA